AUGAGCAAUCUCACCGUUGCUGACAUCGACCCUGUCGUAGCCAGAUUUCUCCUCGAGGAUGGUAUUUACUUUAUGUACUUCCAAGCUGCAACUGUAACACUGUUGUGUUACGAUAUCAUCACCACUUUGGACAGAGAGGUCAAGUACUUUUGGUCCACACCGCGGAGCCAUGUAACUUGGGUUUAUUUUGCGAAUCGAUAUAUUGGAGUCAUGGGAGGCACAUCGCUACUAUAUUGGUGCAUAUUUCAAGCGCGUAACUACUCAUGUAAGCAUCAAACUUCAGAGUUUGGCGUUCUUUUCUUAAAUUCGGAGUCCUUUUCAGGCAUUGUAACUGGAUGGCUCUUGGUCGCACAAGGCUUGGUUACGAGGAUCGCGAUUGAUUAUAUCUUGUUGUUAAGACUCCUCGCCCUCCUCCCUUCGCGAACCAGGUUACAUGAUAUCCUCAAAAUCUCGUUCGUAGCGGAAGAACUCUUUCGGAUAGCAGCGACCGUGUACUAUGGGCACGCCCAAGGCAUGAUGUCGAUAAAAGUAACAAACAGCGCCGAAAUGUGUAUAGUCGAUAGAUUGCUGCCGUUGGAGAUAUUUAUCUUGGCCUGGAUCCUUCCAUUGGUAUACGAGCUCAUCAUCAUGGGCCUCACUCUCCACAGAGCCAUCUCAUUCUGGAGAUUGUCUGCAGGUUUCCGUGGCUUCCCACUCAUCCGAGUCGUCAUCAUCGACCAAGUAUUCUAUUUCACAUUAAUCAUUGCAUACUGCGUAUUCAACAUGCUCGAAGGCACGCUUACCACGUUCAACGCCGUCAUACAAGCCUUUGUCGCUUUCGGCGGAAGCGAAUCCUUCCUAUGCAUUCUGGGUAGUCACAUGUUAUUCAACAUGAAAGACGCUGUUCGACAUGGGGAUAAUGCAUAUGAUACAUCAACAGUUGGUGGUGGAGGUGUAACCCGCACGUUCUCGAACGUGCACUUUGAGAUGAAGAGCUAUCCGCGCAGUACGAAUCGUUAUGGUUCUGAUGGAACGAACUACGGAUAUGGAUCGAAGGAUGCUCAUGCAUUACGAGAGCGAUAUCCCUGA